UGUCAAAGUCAAAACAAAAUCAAACUGAGAAACGGAACUGCGAAGGAAACUUGUGAUUUGUGAUACGAAUAGGUUGGAAAAAGAGAUGAAAGUUACGGACAAAAAAACUUGCUGCAGUCAUUCAAGUGACAUUAUAUGAUACUGUUUUUACUUUUAUUCCCAUUAUAAGUACCGACGUACUUAAAGACCGGUCAAUCGAGGCUCACACACGUGCUGUGCUACUCUUCAAUUAAAAUCAAUCAGAAUAAUAUAUCAAGUAUUUAUUGGAGUAUAAAUACUGCCAAAGGAAAUGAAAGUCAACAAGAAGCUACUGCCCAUAAAAGGGCAUUUUUUCCUGUUCAAUGCAGGCACAGCACCAUUGGUACCUUAUCUAUCAACAUAUGCCCGGCAGUUAGGAUUCACAUCAGCAACUGUUGGCCUUAUUUACACUGUACUGCCAAUUUUUGGACUGAUCGCAAAACCCUUGUUUGGUGUUAUUGCUGACAGGUUCAGAAUACAGAAGCUCAUUUUUAUACUAUUCCAAAUAGUGACAAUAGUUAGUUUCUCCGCAAUAUACUUCAUUCCUGGGAGUUCGCCAAGCGCGCUCGUGGAGUUGGACUGCGGCGAUGGUGUCACGGUGCUGAGGAGUUGCAUGCAGGACGGAGUGAUGGACCACUGCAAGGCGACCUCUCUCGCGAACUUGGAUUCAAACAUGACUGCAUCCUGUGAUAUGGACUGCGACAUGUCUUCGGCCAACAUGUGGCAGACAGUGUGCGAACAUUGGCACAUACCUGAAUAUUGCUACGAGUACACAAAUGGGGAAAGUUUACGGUAUUCUGUGGUACUCGCUAACGCUACUGAGAAAGAUGGCUGUGUGCAUAUAGUCGCCUCCAAUGUUGCUUUAGACGGUUAUGAAUUCAUACCUCGCUGCAGAAAAAGCCAUGCAGUUCUCAACGAUUCUUGCAGUCUGAGUUGUGAACAGCUACCCACUUUUACGGAAGACGUCGUUGCCAAAAUGACAUGUGUGGAUGAAGUGCUUAACUACCAAGUGUGCAAUGUGUCCGGGACUGAUUGGAAGACGAUACAAAACUAUCAGUGUCAGGCAGUAUGUGACCUCGGUAAUUCCGCACCGUGGCGGCUAAUGGAGAUAUGUGAAUCGUGGGGCGCUGACGUCACAAAAUCGUGCGCAGCUAGGACCGUGUCAGGCAAAGCAUUACCUACCAAUUUGUCAUUCGUCGGCACAGUGGCGUUGUCGACAACCUUGACGGAAGGUAGCUGUAUGUUCACGCAGCUCAAACAUAUUACGAUGCCUGAUGGCUCCAUUCACUACCCAAAUUGUGUAUCGAAGCCCCAGUACCAAAAGGAAAUAGAACUUUUCCACCCAAUUUGCAAAAUUAUCUGUGAUAACUCAGUGCUGAACGAGCUACUAGAAGCGGGAUCUGAAAGCUCAAACGGCGAAUCGCAGUACACCACAGAAUUUUGGUUGUUCUUCGCUAUGAUGAUCAUUAGUUGGAUCGGACAAGCGGUCGUUGUCACCUUCGCGGACGCUAUAUGUUUCAACGUCCUCGGUGACAGAGUGGAUCAAUACGGCAAGCAGCGACUUUGGGGUUCCGUUGGGUGGGGAAUAUUCUCAUUGACUACUGGCGCUCUUAUAGACCUCAUGAGCGACGGCGCUUACAAGAACUACGCUAUCGCUUUCAUACUCAUGUUCGUUUUUAUGUGCGGUGACGUCAUCGUGUCGUGCUUCGUUAAGAAUGAGUCCACAAAAAUAUCAAUGAACAUCCUCGCCGACGUAGGCACCUUGUUGUCUUCAUUACCUACAUUCGUGUUCAUACUGUGGACUAUUGGCGUGGGUUUGUGCACAGGAUUGUUGUGGCAAUUCUUGUUUUGGCAUCUAGAAGAUAUUGCGGGUUUGACCUGCGACGGGGCGGACUAUAUAAAGACACUUCAAGGACUAGUCAGCGCUAUACAGACCUUCCUUGGCGAGAUUCCCUUCAUGUUUGUCUCAGGCUACAUCUUAAAAAAAGUAGGACAUACCAACAUGAUGAGCCUGGUGCUGUUCGCCUUCGGAGUUCGGUUCAUUCUCUACUCAUUUUUGACCAACGCCUGGCUUGUUCUACCCAUUGAGAUGUUCCAAGGCAUCACUUUUGGCAUGUUCUAUCCCACUAUGACGUCAUACGCCAAUAUAGUAGCUCCUCCUGGUGCCGAGACAACAGUUCAGGGUUUAGUUGGAGCGAUUUUCGAAGGCGUUGGUGUUUCGCUGGGUAGUUUUAUUGGCGGUCAUAUGUACAGAGUACUCGAUGGCUGGUCGACCUUCCGCUGGUUCGGAGUCGGCGCUUUAGUCCUGGGGUUGAUCCACGCGGCAGCCCAAUGGUUGCUCAAAGACAAAAUACAACAAAUCGCCAUUACGCAAGGUUACGCUUCUGUGAUGAAAUAUGAAAAACCGCAAGAUGCCGUCCACAUGCUUGAUGACUAGAAGAGAUAUAUUUUACCAGAAAAUUUAAGUCCCCUCAAUAAUCAAAUAAACUAAAGAAUCUCUAAAACUACCUUCAAUCGAUAGUAUAUAAUAUAAAAAAACGUAAUACACUGGCUACAAACAUAGAUGAGUGAACUUAGAUUUAAUAUGUGAUAUGUAGUACUUUGAGUGCAUUUUGCUUAAAUCGCCAUAACAACAAUUAUUCUUAAAUUAUUAUUAAGAACAGAUAAAUACAUACAAUUAUUGUAUGGAAUGAUAUAUAAAAUUAUUAUAUACAGCUGACUGACAGACAAUGCAACGCCGAAACUACUGGACCUAUGAAGUUGGAAUUCGGCUAUACAGACCAAAAAUGAUUUCCAAACAUCCCACGGGAACGAGAAUUUUUACGCGCAUACAAAGUCGCGAACAAAACUUAAUUAGUCGCUUAUUUCCCUUGCACAAUGUCUACCGCUGGCAGGCUAUUGCUAAUAUAGUAUACGUUAAUUAGUAAAUUAAGUAAAACUGAAUCGUAGGUUGGCUUCAAUCGCAUAUGAAAUUACUAGUGAUAUAAAAUACCUGUGAUCCCUUGCUCCAAUGCAUUAAUAUUAACAUGCCAUAUUUUAUGAUAGCAUUAUGACACACAAUUUGGGACCAAGCAUUGACCUGAGUGCCUUAGAAAAUUAGAUGACAAGUACCAGUAAAAUAUUGAAUAGAUUCACAAGAUUCUGACAGCGAUAUAGAACAUCUUUCGCUAAUAAACUGUUUUUUGUAUUCCACUCAGUGGCGUAGGAAGGGUCUGGGGAGGUCACACACAGGUGUCCCCUUCUUUAGGGCAACAAUAGCAAUCACCGAAAUUUUACAGCGCUAACGUAGCAAAAUCAUCAAUUACCCAUUGAAAUUGUAGUUAUGUAGAUCGUCUUUAGGAUGGAUUUUCAACUCAGAUUUUCUUGGUGUAUGGUCACUUAUUGUAUGUCUACAAAAGUUCCUGCAAUUAGUGUGAUAAUUAGUUUAGAUAAUUUUAAUAUUGUAUUAAUUUUAUACACAUAUAUGACACUUGAAUAAUAUCGUCAUUCUUUAUUAGUAAAUUUAAUAUUAAUAUGUUUUCAUAUUCACUUCAAGUAUGACUUUUUACUUGAAAUAUGGAAAAAGUUUAACUAAAUGUCAAAAUUAAAUAAUUCAUAUGGUCAAAUAAUAUAUAUGAUAAUUUAAAUGACUUUUUAUGACAGUGCUAUCGUUUCGAUGUCACUAGUUCAGAGUCAAUAAUCAAUCCUACGAGACCUAAAAAUAAGAUUAUAUCUAAUUAAUAAAAUUGAUCAAAUAAAGUGACACUAAUUUAUCAUUUAUUUAUUUAUUUACAAAAUAUUUAUUUUUUAUGGUGUGGAAUACCGUAUUGUAUUUGAUACAAUUAAAUUAAUUAUAUAUUUUAUUUGUUUCAAAGUACGUAAUAUAAUUUUAUUAGGGACUAAGAAAGCAGUACUUAUCUCAGCUCAGGUACCUACCUCUACCUAUGUACUUACAAAAUAAAACAAUAUAAUAGGCCAAUUAGAUAAGAAAUCCGAUCGACUAUAUAUUAAGAGGUAUAAAUAAAAUCAUAACACUUUUAUAAAGUUUUAAUAAAUUAAAAUACAAGUGCUCAUGGAAAUUUGAAAAAUCUAUGAAUCGAUGUUACAAACAUCGGCUUUAUUAUUAUAGUACAAUAAAGGUGCUAAGACUCUGGAUAACAAUCAUUUUUCAUGAAUUGGCUCUUAUAAAUUAAAAUAAAAUGGAUCGGUAUUGCUAGAGAAAGCUGAAUCUAUCAAAAUCAUCAGUUUUUUUUUAUUAGUAUAGAUUUCAUUUUAUGACCACUAUUGAACGUGUAAUUCAAACAUUUUCUUUUUACUUUUUUAAAUGCUGAAUUAAAUAUUUUGAUUUUGUUAAAUUAUGAGGCGCUAAAUUUACAAAGUCUCUCUAGAAUGUUAACCCCACAUCACUUAUCACAACUCAGGAGUAUAAGUCAUUUUGGGAAAGAAAAGAUCAUUCGCCUACCCUUAUUUUGGGCAAUAUCUUGAGUAGAUUCGUGUAAUUUGAAAUUAUAGGCUGAUAGGCCUAUAAUUACUACUCAUACUAUAUAUAAGUACUCAUUAUAAUUUAAUGUUAUUAACACUAACUUAAAGUCGUGAUAACAUUUUACAAUUAAAUAAGUAAGUAUAAGGUUAUUCAGUAAUAAUAAAUUAGUGCCUAAGUUUUCCUGACACUAGUAUUAUUUUUACCAAUGUAUUCCUACAUAGUUUUAGUAACUAGAUGUAUUUACGUAUACGAAUAUAAUAAACGUAGACUAAGUGUAAUA